AUUGGGGUAACUCAACUAAUUAAAAAAUACGGAAAUUAUCGUAUACACACACAUACUCAGUCAGAGUGUAACACCUGAACAGCAAGUGCAGUAAGCAUAGGUAACGUUAGCUAGCCGUGCUUUAAGUUUAAAGAAUUACGUUAACGUUAGCUAAAAGUGUGUUAAUUACAUUUUUGCUAAAAAAAAUAUUAACGUUAAUGGAUCAUGUAAAAGGUUCAGUUUUAGGGUUAACAUAUAGUUUAAUACAACUAAUGUUAAAAUUAAUGGACACAGAGAUGAAAUAGUAGCUAAAUCCAAUGGAUAAAAUGGUUAAAAUAUAACUAAAAGCAAUGGAUACACAGUUCUAUUUCAUUCUUCCUGACCGCCAGAGACGGUAUGAAAUACCUGGAUAAGCAUCACGUGCAUGCUCAGAUCAAGACAUAAUACCAACAACGUCACGUAACCUGGGGGACGCAGGCGACCUCAUAAAGGAGGCAGGCACCCAGCGAUCGUCUCCUUUUCAUCUUCUCGCCUUAGCGCACAGGUCGUUGUUUGUAUUAACUUGCCGCCUACGCUAGUAGCCUCGAAACCACCGGUUGGAGCUACGAAUUCGUCCUCCAGAGGCUGCGUAGCCGGCGCUCAUCCCUGCUGUGCAUAUUUGACCACAGCUCAAACUGCGACAGGUAAGUAGCUUGUUUUUCAUCGCCGGUGGGCGUGCCUCAUCCCCGCUAAGCGCCUCCGCUCAGCCGGGUUGAUUACUGCAUUUGCUAGCCGGAGCCUUCCUGCUACUGACUGCCCUCGUGGGGUGCUUCGCCUCUCUGACGGCUGUAUUGGGGCUUAGCAAACAAUAUAUCGUUAGCUUAUUUGUAGCCGAGUGUUUCUCGCUCUGUUGCUACAUUGUUAGCUUAUUUGUAGCCGAGUGUUCUCUCGCUCUGCUGCAACGUCGCCGGUGCUUUUAUUGUGACACGGUGCUGGGUUGGCUGUAGCUGGGUGUUUCUCGCCCUGCUGCUACACCGCUCGCCUUUUGGCGUCACUUGCUGGUUUUUGUUGGAUUGUACAAGUGUUCCCGCUCAACUGACAGCCUCUGUGACUAUGUUGUCUGUUUGUAUCUCCUGCAUGGCUCCUCUCAGCCCAGAGGAUGGCCAUGACAGAUGCCCUUCGUGCCUUGGCAUUGAACACCUCAGGCAGGCGCUGACUGAAAAUGCUUGCAUUAAUUGCACCUGCAUUCCAUUAGCAGAGAGGACAGCGAGGUUGGUUAAAUUUGCUAGUAGCUUUGCUGAGGCUGGGUUACCCCCUUCCGGGACACCUGCAUACAGCCAUCCUCCCGGCCCCAAGCGUCGCGGACACACUCAGGAUGAUGCUUCCGUCGCUAAGAAGAGACGGAGGGGUGUUGAACCUUUAGCCCUUGAAGUGGACACUUUGGCCUCUGAGUUUGCCCAGAUUAAGGUCCUUCUUCUUAAUCUGCAGCCUGGUUGUCCCUCAGCUACUGCUGGCACUGCUGCUUCAGAGCCACCACUCGGAAAACCACCACAGAGCUAUGAUGGGACUGAUAGCCUAGCUUCCUCACCCCUUCUUGCUAGCCAGCCAGACGAGGACACACUAUCUAUUGCAGCCUCUGGGAAUCUCUUUACCGAUGAUGACGCAAGGGGACAGAAAGAACCCGAGGGGGGGUCCCCCCUUCCCUCCGUGACAGACUCUCAUGGAUCGGGUGCAGACUCGUUGAGGGAUGCUGAGGCCAGUCUUUCUACAGUUCAACAGGCCGUCCAAUUAGCCGUCUCACGGCUUGGGUUGGAUGCUGCCCCUGUAGAGGCUGCUCCCUCUAAUGCUUUUUUCAAACAUGCCCCUCAACCAUCUUCCUUCGGGGUUCCACCCUCUGAGCCAUACAUCACUGAACUUCAGAGGUGUUGGCCGGACCCCAAGGCUUUCCUUUACCUGCCGAGUGACUGCAAUGCUUUGGCUGCCAUGAAGGAUGCCGUCCAAUAUGGUCUGGAUCAGGUGCCUGCCAUUGAUGCUUCCAUCGCUUCUCUGAUAGUGUCUCCGGAUGAAGCCCUUAGACCUGAUGCUCGUUGUCCACGCCCACAGUGUAGGGUCACUGAUGACCUCCUUAACAAGAGCUAUGAUAUAGCGGCUCAGAUGGGGCGUAUUGGCAACUCCCUUUCCCACCUGGUUCUGGCUCAAUCCCAGACUCUCCAGACUGCUGGAGCAGAUGCCCAGGCACAGGGCCUCAGUGAUGCUUCACUCCAGGUGUUUGCUUUCUUGACCAGAGAGCUUGGGAGACUGAUGUCCACCUUGACCUUGGCCCGGCGCCAAGUGUGGCUUGCCCAGUCCCCAUUGUCAGAGGCAUGUAGAAAGACACUUCGCACGCUACCUGUUAUUCCAGGCCAGAUGUUUGGACCUGCAGCCCAACAGGCUUUAGAGCGCAGUGUACAGGUGAAUAAAGUUAAGCAACAGUUUGCUGACUUACGCCAGGCCCCACUGCCUAGACCAAGGCACACUAGCGCUCUGCAGCCAAUGCUCAGGGUGACUCAAGAGCCAGCCGCCCCUUGUUCCAGCAGGGCCGUUUCCAUAGGACCCCUCGGCAGCCUGCCUUUCGGGCGCCUAAGGAUAGGGCACCCAGAUACGGACCACCUGCCGACCGACACCCCAAGCCGCCCAAAGGUCGUGGGAGUCGGACCUGACUACCUAGACCCAGGCGCUGGCCGUUUCUCCCCACAACAUCUAGGCCAGUGGGAGGCCCUGACUUCGGACCCUUGGGUGUUGUUAACUCUUUCCAAGGGAUACAGUAUUCAGUUCAGGCGUCGACCCCCCAAGUUCAACGGGGUCAGAAUGACUGUUGUCAAGGACCCCCUCAGGUCUCUGGCUCUAAAGCGGGAGAUUUCAGUGCUUCUGGAGAAAGGCGCCAUCGAGAGUGUAGAAAGUUUGGACCAAAUGAGAGGGUUCUAUUCAACUUAUUUUCUUGUUCCAAAGAAGGACGGCGGCUUUGCAGGAACACCUGCAUUCCAUAAAUUGGAGAAAGUGUUGACGAACAAAAGGGUCCUGAAAGCUGUGGAGAAGCUGAGCCCUCACUUCCAGACCUCGUCACUGGAGUCUUUCCACAGUGUGAUUUUUGCGGUUUGCACCCAAGAAUGUGGUCUUCCCUUCCAUUGGAAUGUUGUGCAGACUCUACCUGGCUGUCCUGCACUUCAGUGAGAAUGCUGGUCGACCCCAAGCAACAUCAUCGGAUGGUGAGCCACUGUUUCGAGUGAGUUUUCCCAAGUCCAAGAAGGGAGAGUGCACAGCAAAACCAGUGAAAGCAGAGCCAACGUUCCUUUACGUGGAUAAACUGAUGGACCUCAUCUUUGAAGAGGUUUUCCAGGACCCUGCACUGUACACUGAAGAGAUGCAGCAAAUACCUGUCCCUCAGGACCUCUGUGCCGGAUUUGACCAACC